AUGAGUUUUCCAUUAUUGCUUAGAACCUGGGUGGUCCUUAUGAUCAUCAUUUCACGACACCAAGCUCAGGCUAUGGAGGUCCUGUAUCCGUUCUGGCAGAACGACACUAAAACCCCCAAAGUUGAUGACGGAAGCUCCCCAGAGAUUAAGCUGUCCGUCCCGUUCAUCUUCUUCGGCGUUCCAUACAAGACCGUUUAUGUCAACAACAAUGGAGUUAUUUCCUUCAACGUGCUGGUCAGCCAGUUCACCCCAGAGGCCUUCCCCCUUGCAGAUGGCCGGGCUUUUCUUGCCCCUUUUUGGGCAGAUGUCCACAAUGGGAUCCGAGGAGAAAUAUACUACAGGGAGAGCACUGACCCUGACCUGCUGAAGAGGGUCUCCAAAGACAUCAGGAAAUACUUCAAAAACAUGCCCUCUUUCUCUGCCACCAGCAUCUUCAUGGCCACCUGGGAAGAGGUCACUUUCUAUGGAGGCAGCAGCACCACCCCUGUAAACACCUUUCAAGUUCUCCUGAUCUCAGAUGGAGCGUCCACGUUUGCCGUGUUUAACUAUGGGGAAAUCAACUGGACCACUGGAACGGCAAGCGGGGGAGAUCCCCUUACAGGACUUGGUGGAGUGAUGGCUCAGGCAGGAUUUAAUGGUGGAAACAUGACCGAUUAUUUCAGUAUUCCUGGUUCAAGAACCCCAGAUAUAGUCAACAUUGAAGACACAACCAAUGUAAAUGUCCCUGGACGCUGGGUGUUCAAAGUAGAUGGCCGAGAAAUUGACCCAGCCAAUGGCUGCAGCCUGCGAGGCCAGUUUCUCCGUCAAGGGGAGAUAUUCUGGGACAACUCCAACUGCACCAUCAAGUGUCGCUGCCUGGACUUCAACAAUGAGAUCUUCUGCCAGGAGAUGUCUUGCGGCCCCUACGAAGCAUGUGAGCCGAAGGACAAGUUCUACCAGUGCGUGCCCGUGGAAAGCAGCACCUGCGUGGUGUUUGGAGACCCACACUACCACACCUUCGAUGGCUUCCUCUUUCACUUCCAGGGUUCCUGCUCCUACCUUCUUGCCAAACAGUGCCAGUCAGGGUCCAACCUGCCAUUCUUCAGUGUGGAGGCCAAGAAUGAGAACCGAGGCAGCUCCUCCGUCUCGUGGGUGAAGGACAUUGCAGUGGAGGUCUAUACUCACAAGAUUAUUAUCCCCAAAGGGAACUUUGGGAAAGUUAAGGUAGACGACUUGUUCCUGUCCUUACCCAUCACCUUGGAGCUGGGGGCAAUUAAAAUCUACCAGAGUGGUUUGUCAACAGCAGUGGAGACUGAUUUUGGCCUUUUAGUGACUUUUGAUGGGCAGCAUUAUGCCUCCAUCUCCAUCCCAGGCUCCUACAUUAAUGCCACCUGCGGCUUAUGCGGGAACUACAACAAGAAUCCUCAGGACGAUAGUCUGCGCUCAGACGGGAGGCCGGCUGUGUCGGUGCUGGACCUGGGGGAGAGCUGGCGGGUGUACCACCCAGACUGGAAAUGUACCCCGGGCUGCUUGGACAACUGCACCCUCUGCGAUUCUGUGAUGGAGUCCCUCUACUUCUCACCAGAGUACUGUGGCUUCAUCAACAAGAGCAACGGCCCUUUGUGGGAAUGCGGCGCCAUUGUAGACCCCACAGCCUUUGUCCACAGCUGCGUUUACGACCUUUGUAGCAUCAGGGAUAAUGGCACCAACCUGUGCCAAGCAAUACAGGCGUACGCCUUGGUGUGCCAAGCCCUUGGGAUUCCGGUGGGAGACUGGAGAACCCAGAUAGGGUGUGCCACAGCAGUGCACUGUCCGGAGUUCAGCCACUAUUCAGUUUGUACCAGCAGCUGCCCGGCCACAUGUUCGGAUCUAACCGCUCCUCUGGCCUGCAGCUCCCCCUGCACUGAGGGCUGCGAGUGCAACGAAGGCUACGUUCUCAGCACAAACCAGUGUGUCCCCAUCCAGAAAUGUGGCUGCGAUGUCUUUGGCCGCUACUACGCCACUGGGGAGUCCUUCUGGGCCACCUCGGACUGCACGGUGCAGUGCUCAUGCGAAGACGGUGGGGAGAUCAAAUGCUUUAACACCACGUGCCAGGAAGGGGAGGUCUGCACCGUUGAGAGCGGCUACCAAGGCUGUUACCCCGUACGAGAGACCCUGUGCCUGGUGAGCCAGAACCAGGUGCUGCAGACCUUCGAUGGCGUGGCGUUCAUGUUCCCACCGGAGCACUCCUACACGCUGCUCAAGACAUGCCCCGACAGACUGGAGUUCCUGGAAGUCGACAUCAGCAAAAAGAAACCUGAAGCCUCCCCUACCGGGCUGCGAGCCUUGAGGAUCCACGUGGCCAGUCACGAGGUCAAGAUUGGAGGCACCGGCCCGACCGACAUCAAGGUCAAUGGUUACGAAGUGGACCUGCCGUUUUUCCACCCUUCUGGCCAACUGGAAAUUUACCGUAGCAAAAAUGGCACAGUGGUAGACUCUGAAGGGCUCCUGACUAUACAGUACUCCGACAUGGGUAUCCUGGAGAUACACCUCUCGACCAGCUACUUCAAUUGUACGGGAGGGUUGUGCGGCUUCUUCAAUGGGAACAGCAGCGAUGAGUUCUGCCUCCCCAAUAACAAGUGCACUGAAAACCUGGCCGUCUUUUUGGAGAGCUGGACCACUUUUGAUGAGAUCUGUAACGGGGAAUGCGGGGACCUGCUCAAAGCCUGCAACAACGACUCGGAGCUGCUCAAGUACUACAGGAGCCGCUCCAAGUGCGGGAUCAUCAACGACCCCACCAACAGCUCCUUCUUGGACUGCCACGGGGUGGUCAACGUGUCGGCUUACUACCGAACGUGCCUCUUCCGCUUGUGCCAGAGUGGAGGAAACCAGUCGGAGCUCUGUGAUUCGGUGGCUCGUUACGCCGGCGCCUGCAAGAAUGCAGGGGUGGAUAUUGGCCAGUGGAGAAGCUACAGUUUUUGUCCUCUCGUGUGUCCUGAGAACAGCCACUUUGAGGAGUGCAUGAUCUGCACGGAGACCUGUGAAACCCUCGCCAUUGGCCCUGUCUGCGUGGACAGCUGUGAGGAAGGCUGCCAGUGUGAUGAAGGCUUUGCCCUCAGAGGGACUGAAUGCAUCCCCAGGAGUGAGUGUGGCUGCAAUUUUGAGGGGCAUCAGCUCUCCACCAACCUGACCUUCUGGAUGGACAUCAACUGCCAGUCCUUCUGCUACUGCAAUGGGUCUGACAACAGCGUGUACUGCGAGAACGUCCCUUGCAAGGAGGAUGACUACUGCCUGGAGGAGAACGGCCUCUAUUACUGCCACCCCCGCACAGAUGCCUCCUGCAUUGUUUCUGGCUACAGCCAUUACUUGACCUUUGAUGGGUUUGCUUUUGACUUCCAAAGCAGCUGCCCACUUGUCUUGUGCACAACCAUCUCCAGGCAGCGGUCGGAGAGGUCAGAUACUUUUCCCAAAUUCACUGUCACGGCCAAGAAUGAGGACCGUGACCCAUCCUUAGCUUUGUGGUUGAAACUGGUCGAAGUGGAAGUCUUCAAUUACAACAUAAUCAUCCAACGGGCCUACAAACACACAGUGCUGAUAAACAAUGAGCGUCUCUACCUGCCCUUGAAACUGGGCCAAGGGAAAGUGAACAUCUUUGCCUUUGGUUUUCACAUUGUGGUGGAGACUGAUUUUGGUCUGAAAGUGGUCUAUGACUGGAAGACCUUCCUCUCUGUCACCAUCCCACGAAGCCUCCAGAACAGCACGUACGGCCUCUGUGGCCGCUACAAUGGCAACCCCGAUGAUGACCUGGAGAUGGCUAGUGGCACGAUGGCCACCACCAUCUUUGAGUUUGGUCAAAGCUGGGUGAAGCGAGACACGUUUUGUCAAGUGGGCUGUGGUGACCGGUGUCCUGCAUGUGGGAAGGUGGAAGGGUUCUGGAAACCCCAGCAACUGUGCAGCCUCAUCCCAAGCAAAAGCGGAGUCUUUGCCAAGUGCCACAGUAAAGUCCACCCCGGCUUCUUCUACAAGAACUGCCUGCUCGACACCUGCAUUGAUGGCGGAGCGACACAGACUGCUUGCAGUUGGCUGCAGAACUACGCCAGCACGUGCCAGACCCAGGGAAUAGCCAUCACCGGCUGGAGGAACUUCACCUCAUGCUCUGUCAGCUGCCCCCCCAACAGCCACUACGAGAGCUGCGUGUCCGUGUGCCAGCCCCGCUGUGCUGCCAUCCGGCUGAAAAGCGACUGCAAUCAUUAUUGCGUGGAGGGGUGCCAGUGUGACCCUGGCUAUGUCCUGAAUGGCAAGAGCUGUAUCCUUCCCCACAACUGCGGCUGCUACUCAGAUGGAAAAUAUUAUGAGCCCAAGCAGCUCUUUUGGAACAGCGACUGCACCCGGCGCUGCCGCUGCUUCCGCCGCAACCUCAUCCAGUGCGACCCGCGGCACUGCAAGUCGGAUGAGGAGUGUGCCCUGCGCAAUGGUGUCCGCGGCUGCUUCAGCACCAAGAGCUCCUACUGCAUCGCAGCGGGCGGCGGCGUCUUCCGGACCUUUGACGGAGCCUUCCUCCGCUUCCCAGCCAACUGCGCCUUCGUCCUGUCCACCAUCUGCCAGAAGCUGCCCGACUUCUCCUUCCAGCUCAUCAUCAACUUUGACAAGUGGUCAUCCCCCAACCUCACUGUCAUCUCCCCGGUGUAUUUCUACAUCAAUGAGGAGCAGAUUCUCAUCAGUGACCGGAACACUAUCAAGGUGAACGGCAGCCAGGUGAGCAUCCCUUUUGUCACCGGGCUGUCAACCAAAAUCUACAGCAUGGAGGGUUUCCUGGUGAUUGACUCCAGCCCCGACAUCCAGAUCCACUACAACGGCUACAACGUCAUCAAAAUCAGCAUCAGCGAGCGGCUGCAGAACAAAGUGUGCGGCUUGUGCGGCAACUUCAACGGGGACCGGACAGACGACUAUGUCACCCUGCGAGGGAAGCCGGUGGUCAGCAGUGUAGUGCUGGCUCAGAGCUGGAAAACCAAUGGCAUGCAGAAGAGCUGCAACGAGCUGCAGUACUCGCAGUACGCUGCAGCUUGCGACAACGUGCAGAUCCAGAAGCUGCAGAGCGACAGCUACUGCCUCAAGCUGACGGACAUGAAGGGCUUCUUCCAGCCCUGCUAUGGGCUUCUGGACCCUCUGCCUUUCUACGAGUCGUGUUUCCUCGACGGCUGCUACAACCAGAAGAAGUACCAGCUCUGCGGCUCCCUAAUCGCCUACGGGGAGGCCUGCCGUUCCUUUGGGAUCCUUGGCACUGAGUGGAUUGAAAAGGAGAAUUGCUCAGGAGUGGUUGAAGACCCCUGUGUGGGAGCCGACUGUCCCAACAGGAGCUGCGAGAUGGACAAUGGUGGGGAACUGUGUGGUUGCAUUGAGCCUCCACCCUACGGAAACAACUCCCAUGACAUCAUUGAUGCAGAAGUGACCUGCAAAGCCGCACAGAUGGAGGUCUCCAUAUCGAAGUGCAAGCUCUUCCAGCUGGGCUUUGAGAGGGAAGGGGUGCGCAUUAAUGACCGCCACUGCCCAGGCAUCGAAGGAGAAGACUUCAUCUCCUUCCAGAUCAACAACACCAAGGGGAACUGUGGAAAUAUUGUGCAGUCCAAUGGCACCCACAUCAUGUAUAAAAACACUGUCUGGAUUGAGAGUGCAAACAAUACUGGAAACAUAAUCACCCGGGACCGAACCAUCAAUGUGGAGUUCUCAUGCGCAUACGAGCUGGAUAUCAAAAUUUCUUUGGAUUCAGUCGUGAGGCCAAUGCUUAGUGUGAUUAACUUGACAGUCCCAACCCAAGAAGGCAGCUUCACAACCAAGAUGGCCUUGUACAAGAACUCCUCCUACAAACACCCCUACCGCCAGGGUGAAGUGGUGCUAACUACCCGGGACGUGCUAUACGUGGGGGUCUUCGUCGUUGGAGCAGAUUCAAGCCACCUGAUUCUAACGCUGAACAAGUGUUAUGCAACCCCUUCUCGGGACAGCAACGACAAACUGAGAUACUUCAUUAUUGAAGGAGGUUGCCAAAAUAUUAAGGAUAACACCAUUGGGAUUGAGGAAAACGGGGUGUCUCUGACCUGCCGUUUCCACGUCACCGUCUUCAAGUUCAUUGGGGACUAUGAUGAAGUUCAUCUCCACUGUGCUGUCUCGCUCUGUGACUCAGAAAAAUACUCCUGCAAAAUAAACUGCCCUCAGAGUUCCAGGAGUGCUGCUGAUUUUACCAAAGAGCCCAAGGAGCAGAUCAUCUCGGUGGGGCCCAUCCGGAGAAAGCGGUUAGACUGGUGUGAAGAUAACGGAGGCUGUGAGCAGAUCUGCACGAGCAGGGUGGAUGGGCCCCUAUGUAGCUGUGUAACAGGAACGUUGCAAGAAGAUGGCAAGAGCUGCAGAGCCUCCAGCUCUUCCAUUGAACCUCAAGCCUGGCUAAUUCUUCUCGUCAUAACUCAGCUAUCAUUAUGGCGUUUUGUCUAUAAAUCAGACCUGACCUCAUAAUUAAUUCAAGCCUUCUAUUUAAAGUACUGUAAUUUACUUACUCUAAAUCCCUGUAGGAUAAAAGCAUGUCCCCCUAACUCUCAGCCUGUACAUGAACAACAACAACAAAAGCUUUUAACUAUUGCAGUGCUGAAGCUGGUUGCCUGUUAAAGCCAUUUCACUGACAUUACAAGCUAUGUUUUAUGCUGGAGGCAAUAGCAGCCACGAUGGGGAAUUACAGGACCCAGACGCUCGCCUGAAACGAAGCCACAACAUGCGUUUGUGCACAUGCCACAUUUGACCAAGAUUUCCCCAUGGCCUCCGGCCUGCACUGGCUUCUCCUCUUCCCAUACUCGGUCCAAACAACUUCACCACUGCCACCACGCGCGAUAGUCCCUCUGCUUCUCC